AAUGGGGAUCUCCACGAUCAUUCUUGAAAUAUGUCUUUUGUGGGGUCAAGUUCUCUCUUCAGGUGUUACUGAAUCAGAUGUUCUCAUACCUAGUCCAGACACCUCAGACUCUACAGUAAAUGAUUCUUUGGCUUUCUCUGAGUCAAGCACUGAGAGACCUCGACAAGGAACCGAUUCUGGUUUGGCCCUGAGACUGGUGAAUGGAGGGGACCGCUGUCAGGGCCGCGUGGAGGUCCAGUACCAGGGCUCCUGGGGUACCGUGUGUGAUGACCUUUGGGACACCAAUGAUGCCAACGUGGUGUGCCGGCAGCUGGGCUGUGGCUGGGCCCAGUCGGCUCCAGGAAAUGCCCGUUUCGGUCAGGGUUCAGGACCAAUUGUCCUGGACGAUGUGGCCUGCUCAGGUCACGAGUCCUACCUGUGGAACUGUCCCCACCGUGGCUGGCUGUCCCACAACUGUGGACACCAUGAGGAUGCAGGAGUCAUCUGCUCAGAUGUUACCACUCCAUCCACAGUAGGAGAUGUAUGGCUUGCCAGCCCCACACCUACUCCAAUAGGAACUGAUUCUGGUUUGGCCCUGAGACUGGUGAAUGGAGGCGGCCGCUGUCAGGGCCGCGUGGAGGUCCAGUACCAGGGCUCCUGGGGUACCGUGUGUGAUGACCUUUGGGACACCAAUGAUGCCAACGUGGUGUGCCGGCAGCUGGGCUGUGGCUGGGCCCAGUCUGCUCCAGGAAAUGCCCGUUUCGGUCAGGGUUCAGGACCAAUUGUCCUGGACGAUGUGGCCUGCUCAGGUCACGAGUCCUACCUGUGGAACUGUCCCCACCGUGGCUGGCUGUCCCACAACUGUGGACACCAUGAGGAUGCAGGAGUCAUCUGCUCAGAUGUUACCACUCCAUCCACAGUAGGAGAUGUAUGGCUUGCCAGCCCCACACCUACUCCAAUAGGAACUGAUUCUGGUUUGGCCCUGAGACUGGUGAAUGGAGGCGGCCGCUGUCAGGGCCGCGUGGAGGUCCAGUACCAGGGCUCCUGGGGUACCGUGUGUGAUGACCUUUGGGACACCAAUGAUGCCAACGUGGUGUGCCGGCAGCUGGGCUGUGGCUGGGCCCAGUCUGCUCCAGGAAAUGCCCGUUUCGGUCAGGGUUCAGGACCAAUUGUCCUGGACGAUGUGGCCUGCUCAGGUCACGAGUCCUACCUGUGGAACUGUCCCCACCGUGGCUGGCUGUCCCACAACUGUGGACACCAUGAGGAUGCAGGAGUCAUCUGCUCAGAUGUAGAAACUGUCUCUACAACAAUAGUGCCUUCUGUGAAUUGCGGUGGCUUCUUAUACAAUGCCAGUGGGACAUUCUCCAGCCCAUCCUACCCUGGAUACUACCCCAACAAUGCCCUGUGCGUGUGGCAAAUAGAAGUGCGCUCCAAUUAUAGCAUAAACCUGGAAUUCACCAACCUACAGUUGGAGGGGGAUGUUUCUUGUCUAGAUUACAUUGAAAUCUUCGAUGGAUCACUGAAUAACAGUAAUUUGCUAGGAAGGAUCUGUAACAGCAGCAGGCAAAUAUUCACAUCUUCUAGCAACCGAAUGACUGUUCGAUUCCGAAGUGAUGUCAGUUUCCAAAACACUGGCUUUUUUGCUCGGUAUAACUCCUUUCCAAGAGAUGCCAGAUUGAGAUUGGUCAAUGGAAGCUCCCACUGCGCCGGGCGUGUGGAGAUUUACCAUGGCGGCAGGUGGGGGACUGUUUGUGAUGACUCCUGGGGCAUAAGUGAUGCACAGGUGGUCUGCAGACAACUGGGCUGUGGAGGUGCACUUCAAGCCACAACAAAUGCCUACUUUGGCCCUGGCUCUGGCCCUAUCACCCUGGAUGAUGUGAACUGCUUAGGGACAGAAUCCACUCUCUGGCAGUGCCAGAGCCGAGACUGGUUCUCCCAUAACUGUGGCCACUAUGAAGAUGCUGGUGUCGUCUGCAUAGGAAACUACCCAUCAACAACUCCUUUCCUUACCACCAGCCGUCCAAAAACAAACUAUUCCUGUGGAGGCUUCCUGUCCCAAUCAUCAGGGUACUUCUCAAGCCCAUUCUACCCUGGGAACUAUCCAAACAAUGCCCGAUGUGUGUGGGACAUUGAGGUCCCAAACAACUACCUGGUCACCAUCAUCUUCACAGAUGUCCAGCUUGAACGUGGUUGCAGCUUUGAUUAUAUUGAGGUUUUUGAUGGACCCCACCAUAGUUCCCCUCUCAUUGCUAAGAUCUGUGAUGGGUACAGCGGCUCCUUCAUCUCAACAUCAAACUUCAUGUCGGUCCGCUUCAUCAGUGAUGUCAGUAUCACACGGAGAGGGUUCCAGGCUGAGUACUACUCCACUUUUACUAAUGACAGCACACAUCUAUUUUGUCUGCCAAAUCACAUGCAAGCCAGUGUGAGCAGGGCCUACCUCCAAUCCUUGGGCUUUUCUGCCAGUGACCUUGUCAUUGCUAACUGGAACGGGAGCUACCAGUGUCAGUCCCAGAUAACGCGGAGUCAUGUGAUAUUCACAAUUCCCUACUCAGGCUGUGGCACCAUCAGGCAGGUCGAUAAUGAUACCAUCAGCUAUUCCAACUUCCUCAAAGCAGCCGUUUCAAAUGGCAUCAUCAAAAGGAGAAAGGACCUCCACAUUCAUGUCAUCUGCAAGAUGCUCCAGAACACCUGGGUCAACACCAUGUACAUUGCUAAUGACACCAUUGAGAUCCAAGAAGUCCAGUAUGGCAGCUUCAAUGUGAACAUCUCCUUCUUUACGUCCCCCUCCUACUUAUAUCCUGUGACUCAGAGCCCGUACUAUGUAGACCUGGAUCAGAAUUUGUAUGUUCAGGCUGAAAUUCUCCACUCUGAUGCUUCCCUGGCCUUAUUUGUGGACACUUGUGUGGCUUCGCCAUACCCCAAUGACUUCUCGUCUUUGACUUACGAUCUCAUCCGGAGAGGGUGUGUAAGGGAUGAAACCUUUCGAAUCUACUCCCAGCCAUCUCCCCACAUUGUCAGAAUGAAAUUCAAAUCCUUCCACUUCCUGAACCGCUUCCCCUCGGUGUACCUGCAGUGUAAACUGGUGGUAUGCAGAGCGUACGACUACUCUUCCCGGUGCUACAGAGGCUGUGUGGUGAGAUCCAAGAGAGAUGUGGGCUCCUACCAGGAAAAAGUGGAUGUCAUCCUGGGACCCAUCCAGCAGCAGGUUCCCCACAAAGAGAGGAGGAGCCUGGGUAGGUCACCCUCGGAUGACCCCACUGCUCACUAAGGCCCAGGCCCAUAACAGUCAUGGAAUUAGGAUGCUUCUGUUGGUGUUAUGUUACAGCCCAAAGUGAAUACCUACUAUGUGCCAGGUGCUCUGUGCUAUGCCUGGGCACAGAGUUCAGAAGGCAUAUAGACCUGAUGCUUUAUCCUCUGGGCUCUGAGCUCCCAGAAUCCAUGCUUCUCAUGCAUAAAAUGAACAUGCUAACACUUACCUU